AUGAUGAUCUUUCGUGUUAUGCACGCUGUCCCAUACAGCAACCAAGCGCCGGUCCAAGACGUUAUAGCCAAUCUACAUUCAUAUUUUACCUGUAAUCUUCUUAUUGGGCUUGCCGUUCUCUUGAGUUACAAGCAAUUUGGUGGUCGGCCAAUCGAGUGUAUGUUACCUUUGACCGGAAUCAGCUUCAACAAGGCUUGGGAGCAAUAUGCGGAGACCUACUGUUGGAGCGAGGACACUUAUUAUGUUAGCUUCAAUGAGACCGUGGAGCUGUUUAAUCCGCAACAGAAGAGAGAUAAGAGGAUCAGUUAUUAUCAGUGGAUGCCAUUCUUCUUGCUCUUCCAAGCAGCUUGCUUCAAGGUUCCAACUUUGAUCUGGAAGUAUUUUGGAUCUCAAUCAGGUCGGUUGUCAUGAAUAAAGUAAUUUUUUAUAUUUUUAGGUAUGAGAGUUGGCGAAGUUUUGCGUCUAGCGACAAAUGAAGCCAAUUCGGAUCCUAACACAAGAAAGGCUAACAUUCAGGCGUUAGCCAUGCAUCUCAAGGGAGCUUUGAAGUUCCAUUAUCGUCUGAAGAAGGUAAAACAAAAAAAAAAUUAUUGUUAUUUCAUUUAAUUUUUAGAAAAAUCUUUUGCCCCACAAGUUCAUAAGAUGCCUCAACAUUAAGUACUCGUCGUAUUAUGUCGCUGUCAUUUACAUUUUCUCCAAGACAGCCUUUUUGAUCAAUGUUCUCGGUCAGACCGAGCUUCUCAAUCGCUAUUUGAUACCAAGUGCGCAGAAAAACUUUGGGCUCUGGGCUUGGUUUGGAAUUUGGUCAGGGAAUCGAACAUGGGAAGAGAGUGGUCUCUUUCCACGAGUUUCUCUAUGCGAUUUUGAGGUGAGUCUUUGAAUUUUGGUAUCUAAUAUUAGGUAAUAAUAUUAGAUACCUCAACGUCCUUGCUUCGUGAUGUCGGAUUUCGUUUAUUCCGUUCUUUCAGGUCCGCGAAAUGGGCCAAACCACGACACACACUGUCCAAUGCGUCCUGCUUCUCAAUGUUUUCACCGAAAAGGCAUUUAUGAUACUUUGGGCCUGGUAUAAUGUCCUUUCUCUGAUUACUCUGGCCAAUCUUACCACCUGGUUCUUUGGUCUUUUGAAUCCUCGGUCUCAAGCGCAUUUCAUUAUUAACCAUCUGGAAAUGAGUGGAGAUAAAGCGUUCUUGGCGGACACUCCUGAAGGUCUUAAAGGUAAGUUUCUCUCAUACCGGUCAAUAUGGUUGUUAAGAAGUUCAAAUCCAAGUGGACAAGUUUAUUGACAAGUACCUGAGGACUGAUGGGAUCUUUAUCCUAAAAUUGAUAGCCCAACAUGCGGAUGUUGUGUUCACAACGGACCUCAUAGCCGAGUUAUGGAUGCAUCAUUAUAUGAUUGAGGACAAAAGACAGUAAGUAUAAUUUUACCUACAAUUGUCGUUUUAUGAUCGAAAGUACCAUAAACCUUUCAGAAACAUUUUCAAAGAAAUUCAACUGACUGAAGACAAAUGGAAGGAGAAACUACGCCGGUUAGAAGCUAUUGAAGCCCGAAGCCGACAAUCCGAAGAAGAACCUUAUAUCCCCAAAUUAGCCAAUCUACACCAAAAUCCGUCUCCUUAUAUGGUUAGAAGAGAGUCGGUCCAAUCGAUAACAUCUGAGCUGAAGAGACACCGAUCUGUGGAAGAUGUUUCUGUUCCAAUCGGAGAUUAUGAGUCAAGUAGUGAUGAAGAAUAUAUGACAGCCAACUCGAGGAGAGGGAGUAGACAAUCGGCUAAACGACGGGGCUCUAGAACAAGCCCGGAAAAACCGCCAGUUAAAUUUUCAUAA